CGGCCAUCCCGGCGCUGCGCUCUCUGACCUUCCAAUCUCCUCUGAGCCGGCGACCCGGGCACCGCCACCACCACCACCCAUCAUGGCACCCAGGAAAUUCUUCGUGGGCGGGAACUGGAAACUGAAUGGCGACAAGAAGAGCCUCGGGGAGUUGAUCCAGACUCUCAAUGGCGCAAAGAUCCCCGCAGGAACCGAGGUUGUUUGUGGUGCCCCCUCCAUCUACCUCGACUUUGUCCGCCAGAAGCUUGAUGCCAAGAUUGGUGUGGCUGCCCAGAAUUGUUACAAGGUUGCUAAGGGAGCUUUCACAGGAGAAAUCAGCCCAGCCAUGAUAAAGGAUGUUGGUGUCACCUGGGUAAUACUGGGACACUCUGAGAGAAGGCAUGUCUUCGGCGAGUCUGAUGAGCUCAUUGGACACAAGGUGGCCCACGCCUUAGCUGAGGGUCUUGGUGUCAUUGCCUGCAUUGGAGAGAAACUGGAUGAGCGAGAGGCCGGCAUCACAGAGAAGGUGGUAUUUGAGCAGACCAAGGCCAUUGCUGAUAAUGUGAAGGACUGGAGCAAAGUCGUUCUUGCCUAUGAGCCAGUUUGGGCCAUUGGAACUGGUAAAACUGCAACUCCUCAGCAGGCCCAGGAGGUUCAUGAGAAGCUGAGGGGCUGGCUGAAGAGCCAUGUAUCUGAUGCCGUUUCACAAUCAACUCGAAUAAUUUAUGGAGGUUCAGUCACUGGUGCCAAUUGCAAAGAACUGGCCUCUCAGCAUGACGUGGAUGGUUUCCUUGUUGGUGGGGCUUCCCUCAAGCCUGAAUUUGUAGAGAUCAUCAAUGCGAAACACUGAAAACCACUCUACAGAGGCUGAAGUGGGGCCAGAGAGGGAAUUCAUCAUGGAUGGAAGAAUAGAUGCUGCAAAAUGCACUAGGGUUAAACAGUCUCACUUUCAAAUCCCUUGUCCCACACUUGCUGUUAAUUGUUCAACAUUGCUGCUAAACAUAACAGUUGCCAAGCCAUGUAUCAGUUAGAUGACGUCUUUGUGCAGGCAGGGCUUUGCUCACUGCCCUGUGCUUGUGGGUGGGACUUCCUGCCUUGCUGUUAUCCCCAUAGGCUAAUUGGAGACCUGUUUUUUUUCUGAUCAGUGUCUAUAAUGUUGCUCUAGGGCCACCUGUCUUGCUGAGGACAUAGUGUUGCCUCUUGUUUCAGCCAAUUUGGAAUCGGUACCCAGUGGCCUGUAUUGUAUGUAAGAUCUAUGUCAGUUCCACGUCCCCCAAGUCAACCAUGAACAGAAAUAAACAAAGGGAAAGAAA